GCAUUUCAGUCACCUUACGCCUUAAGCCAGGGGUGAUUAUAUUGAUCACAUUUUGCACUUUUUCAGUUACCUAUGAACAUGCCCGGAAAAAGCUAAAUGACAGUCAGUUCCAUUCAGACCUGGCCAGUGAAACUGAAAUGCCUCCAUUGAAGAGGCGUAGACGGCCACCAGCAGUCUGGAGUGACUCUGACAGUGAAGAGGAGGAGGAAGACUCUGCCACAAGCCAGCCAGGACUGCCACCUAUCCCAAAUAAUUUUCCAUCUGGAAUAACCUCGAGUGAAGCAACAAGUAUGCCCACAUUUGGCCAGGGAGACAAAGGCACAGCAGGGACCCAGUUGUCAGAGACAAACUCGCCACAAGGUGAACAGACAGCGCAAGAACGGCCACGAAACUCGCCUCAUGAUUGUUGUGUAGAGAAGAACUUCCAGCGGCAUGUGCUACGACUGCUGAACACGCUUCGCUUCAUGCUGGAACAGCAAGCGGACACCCUGAACAAGUUGUGCGAUAUGCUUCCCACUUCUUCAGUCACCGAAUGCGCAGAGCUCUUAGGCCAUCCGCUAAGCAGUCUUGAAGAACUACAAGAGUUCGACGACAAGCUCGAUGCUGGAAAAUUUAAGAUCCUGGUUCAUGAGUUGGCACAGCUUGGUGGGAAAGAUGCCUACUGGGCAACAAAAAGAAUCUUGUCAUACUGCAUCACAGACGAGGUUGCGGCACAAUUUUCCUGGAUGGGUCGAAAAGGAAAACUGAGCUUCUCCGCCUUGAAGAUUGCUAAAGCCAUAACAGAUGCUGCUCGCAAAGCGCCAAACGCAACCGCUGCCGACGUUGAGGCCUCUAUCAAAUCGUGGCUCCGACAUGCCCCCGAGCGCCUUGCCACCAGGUUUCAGAAGUCAAAGCAAGGACAACUUGAGCAAGCAGCAGAUACUGACUGAAACUUUCGCCACGGCCCAGCUUCUGAUUCCCUGGUCGUUCUGGGGAUAUUGAUGGCAGCAGAUUGAACUUUUAGAUGUUUUAUGCCCUCACUUUGUCAUAGUGUUGUGAUGCUCCAGAGCUUCUGGUCUUUAUGUUUAAAUUUAAUGUCUUUAAAUGUUUUAGAUGUAUGUCUCAUGCACUCAUGUUUUAGGUGCUUUAUAGGUUUAUUUGUAUAUGUAGAGCCAUUGAAUUUAGCCAUGACCAUUUGUAUGGAUAUUGUUGUGCUUGGCGAGAUUAAUGGCUGUGACAGAUUGAUGGUAUGUUUCUGUGAAUGAAAGUGCCCUUAUGUAUUGUGUCUGUGGGCAAGAAAAAAAGUCUUUCAUCAUAUCGUGCUUAGGAGGAUACAGGGUGUCCCAUGUAACUUUAGCCAAACUUUAAAAAUAUGCAAAUGCCACCUAGCUCAACAGAACCAAGGUAAUGCUGUUUGCGGUCGCUUAGAGAUACUCAGAAUAUUUUUUUGCAUUCCACAUAAUUGCAUAAUAAGUCUUAAUUAAUUA